AGAGAAGAAAGUCCUGCAGCAGUCACCGUCACCAUGAAGAUGCUGAUUGUGUCUGCACUUGUUUGUGCCAUGAUGGUUCUGACCAGAGCGGCUGCUCCUCCAGAGGAAACUCCCCAAAAUGAAACAGAGAUUCCCCUGGUCAAGAGAUCGACAGAUUGUUCCUCGGACUGGUCUUUCUUAGGUGGUCGCUGUUACCACUAUGUUCCAACACUUAUGAGCUGGGCUGGAGCUGAGAGACACUGUCAGUCCCUGGGUGGAAACCUUGCAUCUGUUCACAACAGCCAGCAAUACUUUGAUAUUCAGAGGCUGAUUUCUCAAGUCACUCAUAAGAACGACCCGGCAUGGAUUGGAGGCACUGAUGCACAAGAGGAGAGUCAAUGGUUCUGGAGUGAUGGCACACCUUUCCGCUACCAAUACUGGUGUCAGGGAGAGCCUAAUAACAACAAAGGCAAUCAGCAUUGUCUGCAGAUGAAUUACUCAGCUGACAGGUGCUGGGAUGACCUCCAGUGCUCCAACAAGUUACCGUCUGUCUGUGUCAGGGAGAGAUGCUGAUUCCAGGUCUGACACAGAGACAUGAAGAACCCAUUAAAAGCACAAACACUUGUGUUGUGCGCAUGCUUUCAUAUAAAUCUUUCUUUACACCCUCAGUCUCACAUGUGAGCUGAGUUUGUCUUUGCUAUCGCUGUAACGCUACUGAAGGAAUGAAGCAACAAGUGACAUAAACAGGAGCUGGACUGUCUCUGAGGCCUUGUGCCUUUAAUGAGAGCAGACUGAAUGUGUUAUGAAAAGAAUGCUUUUAGCACAAAUCUACAUAUAUUCUGCAAAGUAAACUCUUCUUUCUUGUCUUAUGCAAAAUUAAAGGCUCAAGCAUCCAAACAAA